AUGCCCCGAGGUCACGGUUGGGGCGUCUCAUCGUUCAUACCCAAUGAAGAAAGCAUGCCGAUUAAGGAGGAUUCUGGUAAAGGGAAGGAUCCACCGCUAUCAACGCUUAGGAAUGACCAUGACAGCGACGACGAAGAUGAGGGCGAGGAAGACGACAAGUGGCUGAACCUGAGAGCUAGCAAUCAUGAAGGCCCCUCGCAAGGACCUGGGCCAUCAACAUAA